UUCAUAUUUAAUAAUGGUGCAGUCCAACACAAAUUCUAAUCAUAUCAUUUUACUAAUUACCUAGCUCAAAAGCAUCACCUCAACAUGUCAGCGGAUGAAACAUGGACAGCCGCCGCCGCCGCCGCAGCCGCCAGAGAGUAUUCCGGUGAUGAUCUGCCGAGGUCGAGCUUCGACGAAAGUACUGGAAUUUACCAUUCGGUCCACCAACUAGGGAAGCAUCACAGAAUUCCCACCACGCCUAACCUUGACACUGCCACAUUUGUGCUAUCACGAUUCCCACCCCAUCACCAGGCCGAGUCACGAGUUGCACUCAUCGAUUCGGCCACGAAUCAGCGAGUCACCUACGCGGAACUCCACAGGUCGGUUCUCUCCCUAGCGUCGGGCUUGUACCACGCGCUGGGAAUCAGAAAAGGCGAUGUCAUUUUCGUCCUUUCGCCCAAUUCGUUACUCUACCCAACUAUUUGCCUGGCGGUGCUUUCCAUCGGUGCCGUUCUGACCACGGCGAAUCCACUCAACACCGAGUCAGAAAUCGUCAAGCAAGUGAGCGACUCGGGUGCCACACUCGCUAUUGCAGCCCCUGAGUGUUUACACAAGCUGCUCUCAACCGGGGUCCCAACAAUCCAAACCUCUCGGCCAUCGGAGGGCGAUGAACUAUCCAUCGAAGAGUUGAUCUCAAGUUGCGACCCGGUUGAGUUGACUCAGUCAGACACAACGGGAUUGAUUAGGCCGAGUCAGUCCGACACGGCCGCCAUCCUCUACUCGUCGGGGACCACCGGAACCAGCAAAGGCGUGGUGCUCACUCAUUCCAACCUCAUCUCCAUCAUGGCGCUGCUCAGGUGGACCGUUGACGUCACGAAGGCUAAAAAAGACGUCUUUUUGUGCUUCAUCCCCAUGUUCCACAUCUACGGCUUGGCCUUCUUCGCACUCGGACUCUUCUGCUGCGGAACCACCACCGUCCUCAUGGAGCGAUACGAACUCAAAUCAAUGCUGGAAGCCAUUCAAACACACAAAGUCAGAAACAUCCCGGCCGUGCCACCGGUGAUCCUCGGACUCGUGAAGCACGCCGGGAGAUUUUCCGCUGGCGGAGUCGGAGACCUGUCUUCGUUGAGGAGGGUGAGCUCGGGGGCGGCGCCGCUGGGUAAAGAGUUGAUCGGAGCGUUCCGAGAAAGGUUUCCGUGGGUGGAGCUGCGGCCGGGGUACGGGUUAACGGAGAGUUCCGGGGCGGCGACUCUGUUCGUUUCGGCGAAAGAGGCGAAGCGGAGGCCGGGAUCGUGUGGGGGACUGAUCCCGGGGUUUUUUGGGAGGAUAGUGGAUGUAGAUAGCGGUAAUAAUUUGGGUCCGUACAAGGUGGGAGAGUUGUGGUUGAAGAGUCCAACGGUAAUGAAGGAGUACUUGGGGAAGAGGGAAGCGACGGUUGAAACGGUUAGUGGAGACGGUUGGUUGAGAACCGGAGAUCUUUGUUACUUUGAUGAGGAUGGGUUUCUUUACGUGGUUGAUCGGAUUAAAGAGCUUAUUAAGCACAAUGGCUAUCAGGUUGCUCCGGCAGAAUUAGAAGCAAUACUUUUGGCCCAUCCUAAUGUUCUGGACACAGCUGUUGUACCGGUGGAAGAUGAAGAAGCAGGACAAAUACCAAUGGCGUAUGUGGUGAGAGCAGGCGGAGCUGAUGAGCUGACAGAAGCACAAGUGAUUCAAUAUGUAGCUCUCCAGGUGGCCCCUUACAAGAAAAUAAGAAAAGUAGGGUUUAUCAAUGCCAUUCCAAGAUCAGCAGCAGGCAAAAUUCUAAGGAAGGAACUUGUGUUACAAGCUAAUAAUAAGCACCAAAUUAUUAACUCUAAAUUGUAACUUAACUACUUUAGUCUUCAUACA